CUGUUCUCUGAGCUGGAUUGAACCAUUGGGAAACAGAUCCUUCUACAGAGUAGAAUGGACUGGUGGCAAUAUCAAUGRCAGUCAGAAUACCAUAGGAACGUCUGUUAAUGUUACUGCUCUCACUGCUGGAGUGCAGUACCUCUUCACGGUCACUGCAGUGGCUGGAGAUAACACAACUGUAGGACAGAACAAAACAGUUUCUGAGUAUACAAAGCCUGAACAACCKGUGGACAUUGUGGUUACGGGACGAGGAACCAGUCAGCUGAAYGUGACCUGGACCUUGCGUAACGGGAGUGUGGACUACUACAAAGUGGACAUACUGAAUACUACUUGGAACAAUAUGUCCAGCAUAAUCACAAAGACCAGGGAGGCCAGCCUUGCUGGGUUACAGCCUGGGAGGGUUUAUGAGGUCACAGUGACUGCUGUAGCUGGAGCCUUUAAUAACACGUCUGCUCGGGUCCAGUUAGCCACCAAGCCCAACCCACCUGGACCCCUCAACAUCRCAGAGAGGACAACCAGCUCCCUCGUUGUCCAAUGGACAACCCCGGGUCUAAUGACUGGAGCGCAAGRCAUCUCCUAUAACAUCAGCUACCAGCUUAAUGGGACUGGUUUAGKAGAGAGAAACCAGUCUUCCUCUACCACUGCUCUCAGAAGUAACCUGACCUCUCUGUCCUCUGGGACUUGCUACACCAUCACAGUGAAAACCAUUGGACCRCAGAAUCUAGAAAGCACCAGUGUUUAUACAUCGGAAUGUACCUUGCCCAAACCAGUGGUGAACCUCACAGCCACCCCGUUGUCCAACUCCUCAUGUAGGCUACAGUGGACUGACCCCGUGGAGGUUAAGAACUAYUACACCUAUAGAGUCCAGUACAUAAAGGCUACAGGCCCUGUACCGAAAACAGUCAGUACCAACUUCACACAAGUCAAUGACCUAGAACCUGGGACUGGCUACAACUUCACUGUUACCWCGGUAGCAGCAACGGGAAGCGAAGGAACUCCAGAACGCACGUUCUGUAACACUAAGCCCAACGUGGUCAGUAACCUCACGGUUGAGGGUCUGAACACAACUGCUAUCAGACUUUCCUGGUCCAAGCCGAAUGACCACAAACCAACCUACUCCUAUCUGGUGACCAUCUCCAAGAGUGUGUUAGACAUCAUCUCAACCACGGUCGAGAUGUACACCUUCACCAAUCUCGAUCCUGGGAACUGUUAUAACUGCUCUGUGGUCACGGUCGUCCAGGAUGUUAAGUCUGAUUCAACGGAGAAGAUAAUCUGCACAAAACCUGCGGUGGUGGCAAACCUCAUCGCCAUAGGAACAACAACCAACAUGAGUGUGACCUGGCAUAAACCUAUGGGACAGGUGGACAACUACACCGUUACUAUCUACAAAAACAAUGUGAUGGAGAACAGCCGUCCCAUCACCAACACCUCUGUUUCAGUUGUGUUCCAGAACCUGAGGCCAGGGAAAGUCUAUGUUGUCAAAGUGGCCACCAAUAGUGGACCACUCACUGAGGCACUAAAUGUUACAAAUGCAACGUAUCCCAACCCUCCUGGAAGCAUCAUGGUGGUGGACCAGACCACUGGUUCCAUCAACAUCAGCUGGGCCCGACCCCUGGACAUGGACCUAGGUCAGUACAACUUCUCUGUGUUCCAUCUGGACCGGCAGAACCUGACGGAACACAACUGGAUCCUCCUGAAGAACCUCCAGUCUGGAACACUCUACAACAUCUCUGUGGUAACUGUAGGGCCGUUUGACUACCAGAGCACAGCGGUGACRACGGCCAACUCUACCAGGCCCCAGUCUGUGAUCAGGCUGAUUGAGGCAGGAAUCACAACCACCAGUGUGACUCUAGUCUGGUUUCAACCAGAGAGCAAACCAGGCUACUCCUUCAGAGUGGAGGUCACCAACAGGUCUGUCACCACAAACACCACCAUGAAAACCAUCCCCGGGAUACAGUCUGGGAGCAACUACAACACCAACAUCACCGGGCUACAGUCUGGGAGCAACUACACCUUUACAGUGACAACACUCACAGGGGACGGCACCAUGGCAACCCCGGUGACGGUGUCUUAUUUUACAAGACCAUUCGCCGUUAGUGGUUUGGUAGCCUCUACAGUGAACACAACCACUGUGAACCUGACCUGGACCAAACCACCUCAGUACCAGAGUGGUUACACAUACCGUAUCCAGACUGAGGGGUGCGUGUCUGCUCCCACAAACCGCACCACGGAGACAGGAGAGGGGGACCUCAUCUCAGAACUCACACCAGGAACCAGAUGCACCUUCAGUGUUUCCGUCAAGGCACUGAACAGCAUAGAGGGAGAAUCCGUCUCAACCUCUCAGUACACAAAGCCUGAGUCUGUCAAUACGUUCAUCGACAACAAUGGUAGCAACAGUACCAUAGUGGUGCGCUGGGAAGCACCCAGAGGAAACGUAGAGCAUUAUAUAGUCAAUCUGAACAAGGUCCUUUUCUCAGAUUGGCUGAACUCCAGCAUUCGGUCAACAUCCUUCCUUAACCUGUCAGCUGGCAGAAAGUACACAGCCGUGGUGACCACUAUCAGUGGGCCCUUCAACGCUUCAUCAGAACCUGCAACUACAGCAACUUAUCCCAACCAGCCUGGGCCCAUCCUGGUCUUGGAGAAGACCACUAGUUCUAUCUCUGUGGAGUGGGGUGAAGCUCCUCUGAUGGCCAACACCACCUUCAGUUACCUAAUGACCUACCUGUCAACGCAGCUAGACAACAAGAUGGUCCCUCUGACAAACACCAGUCGCACACUGCCCAAUCUGUCCUCUGGAACACCCUACAAUAUCUCUGUGGCUACAGUGGGAGUGCUAGAGUUCCAGAGUGAGAAGGUCUGGAGCAGUUUGGUCAUGACCACGAUCAAUGUUCCUGGUAGUCUGUAUAAUUUCACCGUGACAACAGAGACAGCUGACGGAACAAAGGGAGCUCCAGUCUCAAACUCCAGAUGCACCAAUGCCAGCCCUGUGUCCAACCUGAAGUGUGACUCUCCUAACGGCCCCAAGGUGACCCUGUCCUGGACCAAACCCAAAGGUCUGAAACAGGGCUUCCAGAUCACUGCUUAUGAAACCAACCAACUCCCCCAGGGCCAGGUACACUAUAACACUAGUGGUGACUGUAUGCCAGCCUGUGGCCACACAAUAUCUGACCUUAAGCACAGUACAGACUACACCCUGACUGUAACCACUCUGGGCUGUGGGAGCUCCAGCACMAUCCAAAUCCUCACCUGCAAGACUGGCAUUAAUGCUGUCAUCGGUGUGGCUGUCGGGGUAACGAUUGGAGUUUUUGCCAUCCUCUUCAUCAUCACCAUUGGCUUAAUCAUCCACUGGAGGAGACAAACCAAGAAAGACACUUCAGACAUCCAGAUUCACUCCAUGAGAGCUAAAGUAAGCGUGGCCGUGAGGGUGGAGGACUUUGAGGCUUAUUACAAGAGGCAGAAAGCAGACUCCAACUGUGGUUUCGCCGAGGAGUUUGAGGACCUGAAGCCAGUGGGAACAGCCCAAGCUAAACGCAGCGCUGAAGCMCCGGAGAACAAGUCUAAGAACCGCUACAACAAUGUGCUUCCCUAUGAGUCCUCUAGAGUGAAACUGUCCAUCCAUGGGAGUCCAUUCGACGACUACAUCAAUUCUAACUACAUCCCGGGUUACAACUCCAGGAAGGAGUUUAUUGCGGCCCAAGGUCCUUUGCCCGUCACCGUCAAUGAGUUCUGGAGGAUGAUCUGGGAGAAGAACGUCCAGACUCUGGUCAUGCUGACACGCUGUAAUGAACAGGGACGAGUGAAAUGUGAGAAAUACUGGCCAUCUGAGACCAAUCACUUUCAGAAUAUCACCGUGACAACAACCUCUGAAAUCGCCCUAGAAGACUGGACCAUCAGGGAUUUUGAYGUAAAAAAUGUGAAGACAGCAGAGACACGCUCGGUGCGUCACUUCCACUUCACAGCCUGGCCGGACCAUGGCGUCCCCGAGACCACGGAGCUGCUCAUCAACUUCAGACACCUGGUCCGAGAACACAUGGACCAGUACUCACGCCAYUCCCCCACCGUCGUCCACUGCAGUGCGGGUGUGGGUCGUACCGGUACCUUCAUAGCCAUCGACCGGCUGCUCUUCCAGAUAGAGAGGGACAGUAUGGUKGACGUGUACGGCACCAUCCACGACCUGCGCAUGCACCGGCCCCUCAUGGUUCAGACCGAGGACCAGUAUUUGUUCCUAAACCAGUGUGCCAUAGACAUAAUCCGAUCCAGAACUGGAACCAACGUGGACUUAAUCUACCAGAACACGGCUGCACUCUCCAUCUACGAGAACGUAGAACCCAGGAAAGAUACAGMUAAGAAUGGCUACCAUAACACAUAGGCCUCACGUCCACUGCUCCGUCUCUCCCAUCCUCCUGGCUCAGUCAGACAGGCCUGUUAGAGAAGGGUUUAGAAAAGGGAUUGUGCACUCUCACUGAUCAUGUUGCCUUACACUGUAGUCUUUUUUUUUUUAUCAAACUGGUUUUCUAGUAUUUAUUUGGUCACGUUUUAUGAUAGUUGGAAAAAUAACAUGGAAGAUAACGGUUUGUUGAGAGGAACGGAUGCACAAAUUCCAUCCGAAGACCAAUAAUGGAAUGUACAUCAAAUUAUAUUUUAGAGAUGUAAUUCUUAUAUUUCCAUAUUUGUAUAUUGCUGCUACUUCCGAAUAUCUGCUUACUCUUUUUUUAUGAUUGUAAUGCCAAUGUUUUAAGAAAUUAUGUGUGGUUAAACUGAAUGUGCCAUACCUUUGUAAUUGAAAUCAAAGGUUUAUAUAUUAAUAUAAUAAUGUAAUGCAGAUGUAGAUUAUUGUUAAAUGAGACCAAUGUUAUGUUGAAAUGUAUCUCCAGCUUUAGGUAUAGGAUCAGCACCCAACAUAACUGUCCUAAAAAAUGUCAUACGAAACAACCUCCCCUCUCUUCUGUGCCCUCUCAAGUCUCCAAUAAGUGGUGUAAUACAUUUGUAUUUGUAUUUUUAUGGAUCCUCAWUAGCUGMUGCCAAGGCAGAAACUACUCUUUCUGGGGCCCGGCAAAAUUAAGGCAGUUAUACAAUUUUUUWAACAUUACAAUACAUUCCUUUUUAUGUGACAGGAUAAGCACAAUGCACUGUUUUAGAGGAAACGAGAACUACUCCUGACAAUAGGCCUAUGAAUAUAUUAUUUAAURUUAGAUGUUCAAAGUUAAAUGUUAACCUUUCACUCCAGAUAAUUUUGAUAUCUAAACAAGUUUAAAAUGAGGAUUUUYGUGAGAACUUUUGUGCUUCCUAUGCCUUGUUCUGCAUAAUGCACCGGAUGCAUUUAGGUUUUUACACUGUAGCUUUUUAUAUUCUCCUAUUGAUGUUUUAUUAUGGUUGGUGUAAAUAUUCUUAUGAUCAUGAGAAAUGAUUGCGAAACUGCUGUGAGAGCCUGUGGUCCUCCUCCGCUGUUAAAACCCACUUUGUGCAAUAGCAAAUUCCCAUUCACACGUCAGKCUGUAAACUCAGCUCCUCUCUCAGUAACUCGGAGGUUACACAUUAUGAAAUGUCUCCCUACUGUUUGUUGUUUCCCUAAUGUAUGUUCUAUAGAAAGUGGUUCACGUAAUGCUGUGCAUACUGUCUAUCUGUGAUGCUUCUAUCAUAGGAGCAGGAAAACGUUUUUCCCAUGAGGCGAUUUCCCCUUUUUSUAACUAUGUGGUUAUAUAUACUGUACGCAUGGGCCCAGUCCAAAACAAACCUCUACUCCCUAAAGAACAGGAUUGGUUAAAUCAAUGACGGUAUUGGUUCUGCCUAGCUAACUACACAGGUGACCAUAAAGGCCUAAGGACUAUGGAUAUAAGGGGUGUUUCUGGACAUAGGUCAUAGAUUUACAAAGCAGCUGUGAUUGAUUAAAUGUAAAGCCACUAUGCUGAUAUUGUUUUCCUGUCUUUGUAUCACAAUGCACAUUGCUUAAGUUCUUCAAAGCACUUCUUCCUAUUGAUAAUAUAACUCAGUGGAGCUCAUAAGCAAAGCAGACUCCGCCAAUAGUCUUCCUCAAGAGUUUUAGGAUUYUUUUUACGAUGCUGUGUGAGAUACUAUGUGAUGCUUGCUGGUACAAUGCAAAUGAGGAAAAGGUGAAGAUUUUUGUAUCCUUCCGUCGGUCAAUACUGUGAUUAAAAAUGUUAUACUUUUCUCUCUA